AUGUGCUCCUUAGUGGGAGAUGGAGAAAGGCGCGAUAAAAAGGAGAAGAAGCGGAAAAGAGAGGCUGGAGAUGAACAAAACGCGGUCGAACUCAGCUCUGUCAAGAAGGAGAAAAAGAAAAGGCAGAAAGAAGAGGCUGAAAAAGAAGACAAACCGACCGAGUCUGGCACUGUCAAGAAGGACAAGAAGAAAAAGCGGAAAAAGGGUGAAGAAAAUGGAUCCACAGAGACCGAUGGGCCGACUAGAAUAUCUGAUUCAUCAAAGUCUUCAGCUGCAGUUUCUCAUCCUACACCUUCAGAUGCCCCUUCGGCAACGGAAGUCAACGAUUUCUUGACAAAACACGCUAUCACAAUCCACACGCCCGACGAUAUUGAUGCUGUGGUGCCCAUAUUAUCGUUUUCUCAACUUGCAAUCCCCUCAGGCCUAUCAUCUGCAUUUUCCGGCUUCAAGGAGCCCACUCCUGUACAAGCGUGCACGUGGCCGCCAGCUUUGCAAGGUCGCGAUGUUGUGGGAAUAGCGGAAACAGGGAGUGGAAAAACUCUGGCUUUUGGUCUGCCGGCGCUUGCUCGAAUCUUAUCAUCUCCGCCCGAGAAAAAAGGAAAGUCAACUGUGACGACUUUGGUUGUCGCACCAACCCGGGAACUCGCCAUUCAAACACACGAUACCCUUUUUGCCCUCGGCGCACAAUACGGUAUUGCCAGUGUAGCUGUGUUCGGCGGAGUUGACAAGGCACCUCAAGUAAAAACAUUAGCCAACGCUAACAAGGACGGAAAGAUAACGCGAAUCAUUGUUGGCACCCCCGGCCGUAUUCUCGACCUCGCCAAUGAUGGUGUAUGCGAUCUCAGUCGGGUAAACUACUUGGUGCUUGAUGAAGCAGAUCGAAUGUUGGACAAGGGUUUCGAGAACGACAUAAGGGCUAUUAUCUCUCGGACCUUGCAAGGAGCAGAGCGGCAGACCAUGAUGUUCAGUGCGACUUGGCCGGAGGCUGUGCGGCGACUGGCUAGUACCUUUCAGAGAAACCCGGUGCGGGUUACUGUAGGUAGUGAUGACCUCACGGCCAACAGUCGGGUAGAACAAUUUGUAGAAGUAUUUGACGAUGUCCGGGAUAAAGACUCACGGCUACUUGAACGGCUGCGGUCGUUAUCGCACAAGAAGAUAUCCAAAAAGGGUUCUGAUGAAGCCCGCAUCCUCAUUUUUGCACUCUAUAAAAAAGAGGCUUCUCGUGUAGAGGGCACACUUCGACGGCACGGAUAUGAUGUUGGAGCUCUACACGGAGAUAUGUCUCAAUCUGCCCGGAUGGAGGCGCUAGAUAAAUUCAAGACUGGUGAAACCGGCCUUCUUGUUGCCACUGACGUGGCUGCGCGUGGUCUUGACAUACCUAAUGUUGGAACAGUAAUCAACUAUACGUUCCCACUGACAAUUGAGGACUACAUCCAUCGAAUUGGCCGGACAGGUCGUGGCGGUCGCACUGGAAGGUCUAUCACAUUCUUCACUGGGGAUAAUCAUGAGCGGGCGUUGGCAGGAGAGCUGGCACGAGUUCUUCGGGAGAGUGGCUUUGACAAUGCAGCAGAUGGUCUGAAGAGUUUCCCGAUGACUAUCAAGAAAAAGACACAUGGUGCAUAUGGUGCAUUCUUCCGAGACGAUAUCACGGCUGCUCCCUCGAAGAUCGUAUUUUAA